AACAAAUGAAGAAGAAAUUUCUUUUUAAGUGUAAAUCGAUUUUUGAUUAGAAUAUACCUAAUUCUUCUGGUAAGAAACUGGUGGUUUGUUGUGAUCAAUUUUAGCAGGAGUACCGCGAAGACCGCAACUGCGGCCAGCGCCAUGUUUAUUUCAUUUUUUUUCAUGAAAAUCUUUAUUUGGUUCACAACAAGUCAACAAGGUUAGGCAACACAACAGGUAGGCCUAUGUUUGAUCUCCGUGGUGCCCGCCACCUCCUCACUUCCCAGCAUUCCUUGCCUGGGAUCCCCGUAGCCUUGAAACAAUCCAUUGACCUGCGUACAUCCAUGGAUGGGAAGUACAAGGAGAUUGCUGAGGAGCUGUUCUCUCGCACCCUGGCAGAGAGUGAGAUGCGCAGCGCCCCCUAUGAAUUCCCAGAGGACAGCCCCAUUGAACAGCUGGAGGAGAGACGUCAUCGCCUUGAGCGACAGAUCAGCCAGGAUGUCAAAUUUGAACCCGACAUCCUCCUGCGAGCCAAACAGGAGUUCAUGAAAACUGACAGUGCCACAGAUCUCGAAUACAUGAAGGAGCAGAGCUAUUUCCCUGACCUGCAGGAUAGAGAACUAGUUCCAGAGAAAGAGUACCAGCGGGUCAGUAUUUCUGGAGAGGAGAAAUGCGGGGUCCCCUUCACAGAUCUGUUGGAUGCUGCCAAAUGUGUGGUGAAGGCUCUGUUCAUUAGACAGAAGUACAUGGGUCUGUCGCUGCAGAGUUUCUGCAGGACCACCGCUCGUUACCUGCAGGAGCUGAGUGAGAGGCCUCUUCUGGACUUUGAUAUCUGUGAGGAAGAGUUACCAGAGACCACAGCCACUGCAGAUGCCACAGUGCACCCACCUGUUUCUAAAACGCACCCCUAUGACAACCAGGACCCCGCUAGCAUGCCCCCUGACAUGGGUUACAGCUGCAAGAUGGUGGAUGGUGUCAUGCAUGUGUACACGACAAGGAACAUUAUGGAAAAAAGCACAGAGCUGGACCUGCCAUAUCCAGACCUGCAGGAGUACAUCGCUGAUAUGAACGUCAUGAUGGCCCUCAUUAUCAAUGGACCCGUAAAGUCCUUCUGCUACCGUCGUCUGCAGUAUCUUAGCUCCAAGUUCCAGAUGCAUAUCCUGCUGAAUGAGAUGAAAGAGCUGGCAGCACAGAAGAAAGUCCCACAUCGAGACUUCUACAAUAUCCGUAAGGUGGACACACACAUUCACGCGUCCUCCUGUAUGAACCAGAAGCACCUUCUGCGUUUUAUCAAAAGGGCCAUGAAGAAGUAUCCUAAAGAGAUCGUUCAUGUGGAAAGAGGCAGGGGUCAGACGCUCAUGGAGGUGUUUGAGAGCAUGAACCUGACAGCCUUUGACCUGAGCGUGGACACCCUGGACAUGCACGCAGACCGUAACACUUUCCACCGGUUUGACAAGUUCAAUGCCAAAUACAAUCCCAUUGGCGAGUCCAUCCUGAGAGAGAUCUUCAUCAAAACAGACAACUACAUUGAGGGGAAAUACUUUGGUCACAUUAUUAAGGAGGUGAUGGCUGACCUGGAGGAGAGCAAGUACCAGAACGUGGAGCUCAGGCUGUCGAUCUACGGGCGCUCAAGAGACGAGUGGGACAAACUGGCCAAGUGGGCUGUCAAACAUAUGGUCUACUCCAAUAAUGUGCGCUGGCUUGUGCAAGUGCCACGACUCUUUGACGUCUACCACACGAAGAAACAGCUGUGCAACUUUCAAGAGAUGCUGGAGAAUAUCUUCACGCCUCUGUUCGAGGUUACAGUCAAUCCCGGCAGCCACCCGGAGCUGCACCUCUUCCUUCAGCACGUUGUGGGGUUUGACAGCGUGGAUGACGAGUCAAAACCAGAGCAACAUAUCUUCAACUUGGACAGUCCGCUGCCAGUCAACUGGACUGAGGAGGACAACCCGCCCUAUUCCUACUACCUCUACUAUAUGUAUGCAAACAUGACUGUGCUGAAUCACCUGCGCAAGCAGCGAGGGUUUCACACGCUCGUCCUACGUCCUCAUUGUGGGGAGGCGGGGCCGAUCCAUCACCUGGUGUCUGGUUUCAUGUUGUCUGAGAACAUCUCCCACGGGCUGCUGCUCAGGAAGGCUCCUGUGCUGCAGUAUGUGUACUACCUGGCCCAGAUAGGUAUCGCCAUGUCCCCUCUCAGCAAUAACAGCCUGUUCCUCAGCUACCAUCGUAACCCUCUGCCUGAGUACCUGUCCAGAGGCCUCAUGGUCUCUCUGUCAACAGACGACCCUCUGCAGUUUCACUUCACCAAGGAGCCCUUGAUGGAAGAGUACAGCAUUGCUGCUCAGGUGUGGAAGCUGAGCUCCUGUGACAUGUGCGAGCUGGCCAGAAACAGUGUGCUGAUGAGCGGAUUCUCUCAUAAGGUAAAGAGGUCCUGGCUUGGCCCAAACUACAUCAAAGAGGGGCAGGAGAGUAAUGACAUCAGGCGCACCAACGUUCCUGACAUCCGUGUGGCGUACCGGUAUGAGACCAUGUGUGAGGAGUUGAAUUUAAUCACACAGGCCAUCCGCACAGAUGAGCUGGAGACCAUCGAGGAGGAGGGGAGUCUGUGUAUGGGAGCUGUGCAGGGAGAGAAGUGAACAUGAGGCACAAUACAAAAUAAAUUCUUGCUACAUUCCCUGUUUUCAUAUCAGGACAUUGUACAGAUUUGCAUAUCAACAUAUCACACCUGUGAAAUAGAUAAGCUUUGUUGCUACUGUGGCAAUAUGAGCGUGGAUCUACAAUCCGUGUACCCAAGGUGUUUCCUUCCUUUAGUUUCAUCGAGUCAUUCUUUGUUUAAUUUAUCAUGGCGAUUUCACAAUGUCUCUUGAUCUAUUUAUUUUUAAAUUAUAUGUUCAUGGUUUGUGGCUACAUCUUGUCAGAGUUUCUGUUCAAAGUCUGUAUUUUUCCUGUAACAAGCACUGAGUACUAUUAACAUUCAAGAUUCAACCCAUUAAUAAAACGUAUAAACUGGAUCCAACACUGACCGAUAAAAGUAAGAAGACAAUCUGGAACAAUUUUCUACUACACACAGGGCUGUAGCUACCAUUGAGGACACUGAGGUCAUGUUAUUAAUAUCUUUUUUAGCAAUUUCAGGGUUCUAGUGACCUUGAGGGAGUUUAUGUUCUACAGUUAAAAACGUACACAUGGAGGGUAUUUUUGAAGUCCAUGCAUUUAAAUGUGUUUAAUUUUUAGCCCAACAAAAUGAACAAAUGUGCAGCAUGGAGAAGGCUUAGAAACAGCUUUUAGACCUUCAUUUUUGGUGAUAAAACACUAACACUUUAUUUUAUAGGUCUGUAAUUUCCCAAAAAUGUCCUUUCACGUCUCCUGGAGGGACCCAUAUAACCUGGUACUCAUUGGGAAAGCAGAGACAAAGUUCUGAGAUAGUUAUUUUAGUUAGAGUUUAGUUGCUUUCAAAGGGGUCUUGCUUUAGCUGUUGCUACAACAUAAGUGUUUACUAAGUGGAGAUUUACACAAUAACAACAUAAAACAGGUAAAUACUAGUGGUAACAUAGAGAUUAGUUGUUACAAAAUGUGUACACAGACUAAAUGACAUGUCUAACUAACUGAGCUAACUGGCAAAGCUAACAUUAGCCUGCAAAUAACGUUUAGGUCAGCGUUAUAGUAUAUUUUACAUUCGUUUAAAACUUCCUUAAUAUCAUGAACCCUGACACAUAUGCAUGUAUAAAAAGGACCUACAUUUACAAAGUAUUGGCUGUUGAGUUUAAAAUAUUGUUGGGCCUCCUUAAACUUAUAUUUGGAAGUUAUAUUACAGCUUGUGAUGCAACAGUCACAUCCUGUUUUGUUAUUUUUGAUUUGACGGUAUUGAAGAUGUUUCAUUACUAAACUCUUUACUAGUUAGCUCAGACAUUUCUUAAGUUUUAAUAGUCUAGUAGUUACAGAGAAUUCAGGAACAGCUUAACACACAAAAUACUGGAUUAACAUAAAGCUGGUACAAACCAAUCCACAGGCAUUUCAUUGAAACCAUAUCAUAACUGAAUAAAUCAAGUACUUUUUGGUGUUGAGGGGAGUAGUGGGUGAGGCAGACUACGACUGAUGACCUUAGUAUUUCUAAACUGGCUACGGCCCUGACUACUUACCAAAUCAUGAACUUUUGCAGCAAAAUGUGUUUAACAUGUGAUGCAAAGAUCUUAGUCAGAUUUGUCUGUUUGGUCACAUUUUAUGUGCUUAAUUAUCCACAGGACAAAACCUCAUGCUGUAAAACUUGUCCUUCGCCUUCUUGCUAUAUUAACAACAUAUUUACAGCUCUUCAGUGUCAUAUUCAUGUUGUUUUUUUACAGUGAAACAGUAGGGUUGCAUGAAGGCAUGUCAAUAUUUGUUUCUGGUGUGCAUCUCUUUAUAGUAGCUCUUAUUUUGUGACAUUGUUUCUACUGACAGUCUGAAUUGCAACUCUGAUUUGAUAUCAUUUGUCUUUUACAAACAUAUUUAAAAUGCAUACAUUUCCGAGUCAUAGUACAGUGAAUCAUGCAUGAUGUGUUCCUUCAGUUUUCACUCCUUGCACAAGUUCAACCAGUGCCAAAUUCGUGAUUAAACACAUUUUAGAGAACUGCAAGUCAUUUAACUUGACAAAACCUUUUCAAACUCCUGCCUUCAGUUUGGGUCCUGAUGUUAUCCGUAGGCCUAUUUCUUGCUAUUCAAAAGUGUCCCUUCCAGAGAAUUAUAUGUGUUGUAAGAAAAAUAAAUGUUGUCCAUGUUGGA